GCGAGUAGCAGGAGAAGGAGAGCCGGGAGAAUGAGGGGAGAGAGAGAAGGCUGCAGAAGGCGCGAGCUUAAAGUUUCCCCGUUAUCGGCGCGCGUCUAAGCAACUGAUAAAAGACCGUGUUCCUACGGACAGAUAACGUGCGGAAUGGCCCGGUAUAAAGAGUCAUAGAUAGAGGCAGAUAAAGCACGGUCCACGGAACAGCGGCGGCAUGGCCGGGCAGCACUACUGCCUGCGCUGGAACAACUACCAGUCGAAUAUGACGUCGGUGUUCCACCAGCUCCUGCAGACCGAGUCCUUCGUCGACGUCACCCUGGCGUGCAACGAGGCCUCGUUAAAGGCGCACAAGGUGGUGCUGUCGGCCUGCAGCUCCUACUUCCAGAACCUCCUGCUGUCGAACCCCUGCAAACACCCGACGAUCAUCAUGCCGCAGGACGUCUGCUUCAGCGACCUCAAGUUCAUCAUAGAGUUCGUCUACCGCGGCGAGAUCGACGUUUCGCAAGCGGAGCUUCAGUCGCUCUUGAAGACGGCCGACCAGCUGAAGAUCAAGGGCCUGUGCGAGGUGCCGGAGAACAGAGACGGUCCGCCACCCGUGAGCCUAAGCUCGCCACCGAGGGAGUCCAGCACCCCGAGGUUGAACUACACGAAGCUGAAGAAGCACCAUCAGCGGUACAAGAGACCCAGAAUCGAGCGGCCCACGUUCGAGCAGCGCGCCACCGAUCCGAGACAUUACGAUCGCUACAAAGAGGAGGAGGCCAACAACGAUUACAGCCGCGAUAACAAAGAGAACCAUCGGGACUGGCAGGCUGAAGAUGAAGAGUGCACGGAGACAGCAACAGCAGCAGUAGCACUGGAAACUUGCCAACGUAAUAAUAACAACAACAACAAUAACAACGGUAACGGCACGAGUAACAACGGUGACAUGUUCUGUCACACAGGGCUAGGGCACUACGGCCACCAUCCGGAUCCCGGAGAGGUCGAUUUGCCCCCCGAGACCCAACCCACCCCACCCAGCGCCACCCUAGUCGGCACCACCAUCACCCACCUGAGGGAUCCGGAUCAUCAUUCUACAGAGAUUCAGAAUUGCGACAGCGUCAAGAUCAAGUUCGAGACGCUGCACACGAUGGACUCCUCAGACACGAUCGACAUAGACAGUCACAUGUCGGAUCGGGCGAGUGUGAGCUCGAAGAACGCCGCCGACAGCGACAACAUGAUGAUGAUAACACCGGAGCUGCUAGGGCUGAUGCCGUCGGGAAGCUCCGGCCAGUCGGACUCGGGCGAGAACAAUUCGAGGGGGCACAGCGGACAGUCCAGCUCGCAUCAUCACGGCUCCAAGUCUUGGACGCAAGAGGACAUGGACGCGGCUUUGGAGGCGCUAAGAAAUCACAACAUGAGCCUGACGAAAGCUUCAGCAACAUUCGGUAUUCCCUCGACGACUCUGUGGCAACGGGCACAUCGAUUGGGCAUCGACACGCCGAAGAAAGACGGCCCCACGAAGUCCUGGAGCGACGAGAGCUUGAACAACGCUUUAGAAGCUCUGCGCACCGGCUCCAUUUCGGCUAACAAGGCGUCCAAAGCGUACGGCAUACCUUCCAGUACAUUGUACAAGAUCGCCAGGAGAGAAGGUAUCAGACUGGCCGCGCCGUUCAACGCGAGUCCCACUACGUGGACGCCCGCUGAUUUGGAUCGCGCCCUAGAAGCAAUAAGGUCUGGUCAGACCUCCGUGCAGAGAGCGUCGACGGAAUUCGGUAUACCUACGGGGACUUUGUACGGAAGAUGCAAGCGGGAAGGAAUCGAGCUUAGCAGGAGCAAUCCCACGCCGUGGAGCGAGGACGCUAUGACUGAAGCUCUCGAGGCCGUCAGAUUAGGGCACAUGAGCAUAAAUCAAGCGGCGAUCCACUACAAUCUGCCGUACUCGUCACUGUACGGGCGCUUCAAGAGAGGCAAAUACGAGGAGCCCGUCGUCGGCGACAUCUCGCAGGACGGCACCAGUCCACAUUUCCAUCAGAGCCCCAACCAGAAUCACUCGUCCGCCCUUCCAGAUCAAAUGCCUUAUCCGGGCAGCUGAAACUUACCUCUUUACUAGAGUAUUAAGUUAGCUUAAGCUCCGAACUUUUCGAUUCGCGGCAGCUCCUCAAACAACUCUUUAAGCAAACACGCGCGGGCGGCAUUCUGAAAGAUUUAGAUACCGAUCGGAAAGAGAGGGAGAGAGAAUGUCAUUACAAAAGGACACACCUACGAUAGGACGCAGAUUUACCCGCAGUAUUAAAAGUGGAUCGCCGUAAGCAAACAUUAUGUACAUUGUAUGAUUUUUAUGUCGGAAUAAGAAACGUAGAUUAUACUAAUUUAUAAGAAUUAUUUAUAAAAAGAGCACACUGUACAGAGACCGGGGGGUGCCCCAACGAAAACUACUUUUAGCCUGUAAGUCAUUACGAAGGUGAGGAUAGAUAUUACGAACAACAGGGCGACAGUAUCCUGUUAUGCGGAAACGUGCGAAGAAAGUAACGCUAUUCGUUAUUACAAUCGACAGUAAGAGAUUCUGUUGUAACAAUAAUUUCCUGAAGGUACCUUUCAAAGAUUAACGCGUUUUUAAGUUUCACGAUUUAUAUUAUCGUCAAAUAACACAUUAAAAUUGACGUAAUAAAUCCUGGAAAUGAAGAGUGUUUGUUGCAUGAUAAUUUCACAUAACAAGGAUACAUUCGUGAGCAUGUAUCGAUAGGGGAGAGAGAGCGUAUAUAUAAUUUAGUGCUAUCCACAAAAUUUGAAUACGUAAUGAGGAGAGACAUUUGUUAUAAUACGAAUGGUUGAAACGAAAUGAUGUUAAGGACAAAAUUUUCAGGAUCCACGAAUGAUUUUCUUUUGACGCGUUGUCCCCGCGUUUUAUUUUGGGCAAAAUCAACAAACGCAUUUUAUUGUUUUGGGUCAGGUAAAGUUGACUAAGGCCAAUUAUUCAUAGUCAGAUGUUAUAUUCAAGACCGUCUUGAAUUUAUCUAAAGAUACUGUAUUGAACAUUUCAUUGGCCAUGGAGUGGCCGUCUAAGGAUGAUA